CGCAAUUCAUUCCGCACUUGGCAGUCGGGCGACACAGACGUUUCGUUGAUUUUGAUACGAACAAAAACGUUUAAUUCGGUUAGGUUCUUGCAGAUUGUUGAAAAAAUAAUAAUUACAUAUAUACAAAGUGUGUGUAGCCAAUCGACCGACCGACCGACCGACCGCCCGAGCGAAGUCUAGUGAGCUUUUUUCAGUUAAGGAAAAUAUACACGACGCUAGUGAUUUUAAGUUUGAAAAAAUUUUCUAAAAAAGCUAUUUCUCCAUUGACCGGCUAAUUUUGACGUUAAACUACGCAUAUUCACUUAACUCACCAUGAAGCACCCCAUCGAACAACUCGCGGAUGCCGAGCUAACGGAAAGCAUGCUGAAGAUUGCGAAACGCGAACUGCGUGAAGAUAAAUGCUCGCGGGAACAAAGUUUGGAACAAAUGCGCAACUGGGUAUUGAAACACGAAGACUUGCGAAAUGUGCGACUCGACGAUCAAUUUCUAUUACGCUUCCUGCGUUGCAAAAAGUUCAGCGUACCCAUGGCCCAGCAGACACUACUCAAAUACCUGAAUGUACGACGCACUUUCCCGCAUAUGAGCACAAAGCUGGACUUUCUAGAUCAAAAGUUGAAUGAUAUUAUCAGCAGCGGUUACAUUUUCGCCUCACCGAAUCGUGACAAGAACGGACGUCGUGUUGUGGUAAUCAAUGCCAAAGGUUUCAAUCCAAAACUCUACAACAGCAGCGAUCAAGCGCGUGCACAUUUCCUCACCUACGAGUGCCUGAUGGAAGAUCAAGCCUCACAAAUUUGUGGACUUGUGCACGUCGGUGACUUUUCCGGCGUCACCACAGCACACGUGACCAAUUGGAAUCCAACCGAAUUUGCGCGCGUCUUCAAGUGGAGCGAACAAUCGCUACCGUUGCGACACAAAGAGAUUCAUUUGGUUAAUGUGCCGGCGACACUCAAAUGGUUGAUCGAUUUCGUAAAGGGGCGUGUCAGUUCGAAAAUACGCAAUCGCCUGACGCUCUACACACAAGACAAAGAGUUGGCCAAACAUGUUGAUCCAGCUUGCCUGCCACAAGAAUUGGGCGGUCGAAUGCCGCUCAAAGCGAUGGUUGAACUGUGGAAAGAGGAAUUGCUCUCGAAGCGCGAUACAAUACUCAACUUGGAUAAGAUUGCGCUAUUAAGCGAUCGCGGUAUAUUGCGUAAGAGUAACUACAGUAGCGAGAAAAACAGCAACGGUAUGAAUUUCGUGUCGCAGAUCGAGUCGAUUGAGGGCAGUUUUCGAAAAUUGGAGUUCGACUAGACUUCCAGGGGUUGUGGGUUAUAAGCUCACAGGUGCUGUGUUGAUGUGCGUGUUGUGUUAAUUUACAUUACUUAAUUUUAGUUUAAGUGCUUACGAGGAACAAAGAAUUACAAACAAUUUAGCUGGCGGUCAGAGAAGUGUCUUGGGAAUGUACGCUUCAUUUGGUGGCUUUGUUUAGUAUUAUAUAUAGAAAGUACGUUUAAAAUAUAUAUAUGAUUUAUACAUAGAUACAUAUAUUUAUACGAGUGUGUAGUCUAAUAUGUACUUUUAAUACAAUACAAUGCUUCGUGCUUCCAUGUAACUGCGUAAUGACUAAAUAAAUCUUUCGCUUACUUUUUAAAUAGUUAA